GGCCUCUGCCUCUGCUACUUCUUCUCCAUCAGGGCCAUGUGGCGCGGCGGAGGACGCCAGCCCGUCGCCCAUCCUGAGAUCACCUGAGACUACGUCCUCGGCGUGACCUCCUCCAGGGAUCACGUGACGCAGGUGCAGGAGGAGGACGAGGUGUGAGGACAUCCCGGAUGCGCACUAAGGAUGUACGUGAAGUCUCUCGAUCAGAAGGGGUGGACGGAAGGAGGGCAGGAAAUGGCCUUCCUUAUCCUUGUGUUUAAGGGGAUGCAAGGAUGUCUCCCGCUGGCCCAGAAAAAGGUCAGUGGCGUCGCGUGGAAGAGGAGAAGGAGAGGACUCGAAACGUGACACACGAAGACUAAAAAUAAGGGAACGUUGACCUAAUAUUCAUCUAGAGGAAUGAGACAAAAUCGUGUGAUAAAAUACACAGCUUGUGUGAUAUAUAUUGCAUAGAAUGGCAUCUCAUGACAGCUUUCCAUAUUAUGUAAAGAAUAAAAAGAACAACCACAGAAAUGAAUAACGCUAAACGAUCACAUUUACUGAAACUAAAACUAUUAGUUUCAUUAGUGGUGUAAAUGCUUAGUGGAUUUAGCUCGUAUAACAAUUCAGCAACAAGACAGGAAGUUCACUCCGCUGAUCAACUCGCAGGAUUAUAAACCAAGAAAAUCUAUCAACUGCAACGAAGUAGAACCUUCGUAUCUUACCUUCAUACAAAGGAUGACUGAUUGCCCCGAGAUAAGGUGCGGCCGACACCAACGACCCGGAAAACAUCUUCAGGGCGGAAAUACUCAAGGAUGAGGGAGACAGCGACCUCUGGCAACAGUCGAUGUCGCCUCCAUGCAGACCAGCUGACUGCGUGUCCUUCCCUGUUGCUGGACUUCAUACGUGGAGAACCAAGAGCAAACAGAGCGAAAGAAUAACAAUACUACUGGAAAUUAGCAAAUUAAACAAACAAAUGAAAUAAAGCGAACCCUUAGAUAUAGUGUGUUCUAUGUUUCUUUGUUUGCAGUUGUGUAUGAUUGUCUAAUGAAAGACGUUCGUGGUUUG